AUGACGAAGUCGUCGUGCCCCCACGUCAUAACUAUGGGCGAUUGGUCUCACGAAGAGAUUUGCAAUCGGAGCAUAGCCUACAGUUGUGAAGCGUGUGGGGAGAGAGAGGCCGGGCUCUGGUGUUGCCUCUACAGAGAAUGUGGAUACGUCGGUUGCGGUAGAAAGAAGGCCGAUCAUUCCGACAAAACACUUACACCAAAAUCAGAGCAUUCGCUUAUGAUCAACUUGAAAACAUUCAGAACCUGGUGUCAUACGUGCGAAUGCGAAGUGUUUCCGGAGAACAACGUGCCGCCCCUCAGAAGAGCCCCUCCGAACGUCGCUCACAGCGCGGGUGUUGCAGACGAACGACCCCUCGGGCUUGCAGGUCUUCAAAAUCUAGGGAACACGUGCUACAUGAACGCGGCGCUACAAGCUCUCUCCAAUUGCACUCAGUUGACUGAGUACUUCUUAAAUACACCAAAUCUCCCUUUGAGAAAUAAUGGACGGGGAGCCAAUCUGGCCAUGAGUUACAGUAAAAUGAUCCUCCAGAUGUGGCACGAAAAGCGGCCUCCCUAUGUCGUACCCUCGGGAGUCGCGUACGGGAUCAAAUCCGUGUGUCCGGUGUUCCGCGGCGCGACUCAGCAAGACGCACAAGAGUUCCUUCGGUGUUUCCUUGAUCAGCUCCAUGACGAGCUCAAAAAAGAGUUUUUCCCGAAAAAAGAGCAGGACGAAGACGAGGAAGGCGCGGAGGAACAUCAUCGAGCCAAUGAAGAGGAAGAAGACGAAGACAUGGCCUCAUAUGAUGCUGAAGUCGCCGCUAAUUCGAAUAAUCCCGACAAUAAUGAAGAUCUUUACGAGACGUGUGAUUCCGGAUUGAGCUCUGAGAAGAGCGAAGCCUCUGAGAAGACCGCCGAUAACCAUCGGUCGCUCGAAACAUCCCUCGGGAGCUUGCUCAUCGGAGAACUACAAAAAGUCAUCUCGAGCACGGUACCCGGAGGAGAUCUAAAGCGACCGACUCCAUCAUACCGUUCAAUAAUUUCCGAUGUGUUCGACGGCCGGAUACUAUCAUCUGUGCAAUGUUUCACGUGCGAGACUGUCUCUUCGACGAAAGAAGUUUUCCAAGAUCUUUCGUUACCCAUCCCGUCGAGAUACCACCUGAACCGUCUACAUCACGGUCCGUCCUACGCCGAUCUCACUGCGAGUUCAACGAGUCUAAAUUCGUUGGCGAGUUCCCAAGGUCAGCAGGGCUGGAUGGAUUGGCUUUUGGGAUGGCUUUACUCUUGGGUGUGGGGUCCGUCGGUCUCGCUGACAGAUUGUCUUGCCGCCUUCUUCUCGGCCGAUGAGCUCAAAGGAGACAAUAUGUACUCUUGUGGAAAAUGCAAUAAGCUACGGAAUGGAGUCAAAUACUCGAAGCUGAUGGAACUGCCCGAAGUGCUGUGUAUUCAUCUCAAACGUUUCCGGCACGAGCUGAUGUUUUCGACCAAAAUUUCGAAUUAUGUCCAGUUUCCGCUCGAAGGAUUAGACAUGACACCUUUUACCCAUCCUCAUGCGAGAGACAAAGUCACCACUUACGAGCUAACUGCCGUCAUUUGCCACCACGGUACUGCUGGCAUGGGGCACUAUAUCUGUUACGCCAUGAAUGACUGUGAUGGUCAAUGGUACGAGUACGAUGACGUUUACGUGACGCAGGUCGAUGCGUCCACGGUGGCUAACUGUGAAGCCUAUGUUCUCUUCUACCGAAAAUAUUCCGAGGAGAUGCUGAAGCGAAGAUUGCAUACAGCAGAUCUAGUCGAUCGCAGUCAAUGUGAACAUGGAGGCGGUCCCUCAUUUUACAUUUCUCGACGAUGGGUCAAUCGCUUCAAUACGUUUGCCGAACCCGGUCCGAUCGACAACGAAGACUUCGUUUGUUGUCACGGCAAAUUGGAUCCGUUGAUGGCGAAUCGCGUCACUCAAGACGAUUUCGUACUAUUCAGUCAGUCGGUCUGGGAGUAUCUUCGUGAGACCUUCAGAGGCGGCCCCGCGUUGACAAGCAUCGAACCGUGUUCAGCUUGCCUGGAAAAACGUCGCGCGUUCAUCGGUAAAAAACUCGCCGAAAUCGCGGCAGGGGACGUUCCGUUGAUAUCGGGUGGAUUCGCACCUCCCGAGAUGCGAUUCGAGCAGCAGCAAUUCCUGCAGAAUCCUGUUCAUCAGCAGCCGCCAACGCAACAAGCGCGGCAACAGGAUCAAGAGCAAAAAAAUCAAGAGUCUCAGUCGGCAAAUCAUCGACCGGCCGAUCAUCAAGAUGAGAAGACUAAUUGUUCACAAGAACCGCGAAUCAAACCUCGGGCCGAAGAAGAGAAUGAAGAAGAGGAAACCAUGAAGGAUGACGAUGAGGUUCUCACCAUCGAGAGUCCAGCCAUUCAAACCGAUGACGAUAUUUUUGAUAAAAUGGCGUCUGAUCGAGUUGCCAAACUGACGAUGACCGUCAUCGAUGAGAACAAUGAUAUCGACACGGAGACCGAUUCAGCAUUCUGCAGUCCACUCGAUAGUGUGACCAGUCAAGAUUACGUGCCGAUCGGACCCACGAAUCAAAAACAAGCUCCCGCAGAACGGAAGCGCGCUUCGAAGGAGAGUCGCAGUCAAAAAUCGCGGCGCAACAGGCGAGAAAAAAACUCCUACUAAUGGUGGACGUCGAUUGUGCCCUCUUUGUUCUCCUUCGACGGUCCGAGGCCGGGACACACGCGUCAUCGAUGCCCUGUAAACCGUCGCGGGUCGCACAUGUACAGAUAAUGAGUUCGGUCGCCUGGCUAUUCGGUGAGCGAGCCGACGGAAAUGAGAGCGGUCGGUCGAGCGAUGGAUUCAGAGGCCAUAGGGUCGCGAGGAGAAUCUAGGGACGAGCGCUAGGGAAAAAUACCAUGAGUUCGCAUCGGACAGCAACAUAUAAAUACACAUAUACAUAAUUUCAAUGAUGACUCCGAACUCGGAGCGAAACCACAGUGUA